AUGUCUACAACUACGGUGGAGUUGGUGACUGCUCCGGCGACGCCCUUGCCGCAACUUUCGGCAUCGCCCUCGAACACUCCGAGUUCGAACCAGAACUCCUUUUCAGCUGAGGAUGUCCAACAUGAUGACAUCUCCAAGGGAAAGACAUUGGUGGUAAUCACCUCGGUGACGUGCAUCACCGGCAUCAGCUCCCUUUUGGCUGGCAUCGUGACCGUCUGUAUCCCCGCCAUGGCGAAAGAUGUCAAUCUUGAAAGCAGCUUGCUACUUUGGCCUGCCUCAGUAUAUGCCCUGACUUGUGGUUGCACUCUCCUGCUUUCAGGAGCGAUGGCUGAUCUCUUCGGAGCCCGAAAACUUUAUCUCCUGGGUUGCUUCUUUCAAUCAGCUUUCACACUUGCCUGCGGUCUUGCGAGAACCGGUAUUCAGUUGAUCAUGUUCCGUGCCUUUGCAGGUGUCGCUAUUUCAAUGUGUCUGCCGUCUGCCGUUAGCAUUAUCACACAUGCCUUUGCCCCGGGCAAGCGAAGAAACAUCGGCUUUGCCUCCAUGGGUGGCGGUCAGCCUAUUGGAUUCUCUGUCGGCCUUAGUGUUGGCGGUGUCUUCACGGACACUAUUGGUUGGAGAUGGGGUUUCCAUAUUGCUGCCAUCAUCAACACUGUCAUCUUCCUGAUUGCUCUAAAGUGGCUACCUAGCCUCGGCAAGCGUGAGCCAGUUACUUGGAACCGCUUCUUGACGGAGGUGGACUGGAUUGGGGCGUUUCUGGCGAGUGCGUUCCUCGCCAUGGUGUCUUAUAUUCUUGCUGCCAUUACCGACAGCACGCAGGACAUUAAGAAGCCGGAGAACAUUGCCCUCUUGGCGAUUUCAGGAGUGCUCAUUGGUAGCUUCAUCACAUGGGUGGGCAGACAAGAACGUCUAGGCCGGCCGGCAAUCAUCCCCAACUCACUGUGGAAGAACCGCAGCUUCACCAGCAUCUGCAUCAGCGUCUUCAUGGUCUGGGGUGCCUUCAAUGCGACCGAGCAACUUAGUUCGUUUUACCUUCAGUAUGUCCAGAGGCUCUCGGCCAUAGACACCUCAGUCCGCUUCCUCCCGGCGCCGGUUGGAGGGGUCCUAGCGAGCGUUGUAGCCGGUCUCGUUGUGCACCGUGUUCGGGCCGACGUGGCCAUCCUCAUUGCCGUCGCCCUCGCGGCGCUCUCCCCGUUGCUAAUGGGAAUCGCGGACCCCGCGUGGAACUAUUGGUUUUGCAUUUUCUGGGCCAUGUUCAUGAACGCUAUUGGCGCCGACACCCUCUUCACCAUCUCUAACCUGCUGAUCACUUCAUUGUUCCCGUCCCGAACACAAGGUGUCGCUGGUGGUGUGUACAACACAAUUGCCCAGAUUGGCAAGAGUGUAGGUCUGGCCUCGUCCGGGGCGAUUGCGAGUGCGGUGACGGCCAAAUCCAAGUUGACAGACAAGGACAGCCCGGCGGCGCUGCUGGAAGGUUAUCGGGCAUCGUUCUGGUACUGUACAGCGCUGUAUGGCGCAACUCUGUUCGUAACGGUCUGGGGAUUGAGAAAGAUUGGCAAAGUGGGUGUUAAAAAGGAGUGA